ACCAAACGGGGCCAAUUCAUUUUUGAGCUGCCUUGUUGGGGGCUAGGUUUUGAACAGCCGAAGCUGCCCGCUAAAAGGUGUUGCAUCGGAUCACAGCAAUUGAAGAUCCGUUUUACCCUAAUUUUCCAGAAAACUCCAGCGAAUGUAUGUUUGUAUGUUUGUCUCGUAUACGAGUUCAUCAGCUGAGUUGAGUUGAGUUUGCGACCAGGACAAACAUGGGAGGCGGAGAUGGGAUCUUGGGAGUCCGAGGCGGCGCUGCAGCCAGAUCAGCAGCUUCUUCUUCUUCAACGGAAAGACGAAACAACAAGUGGUUGAAGAGAAGAGAGACAUGGUUGGUUGUUCUUGGAGUUGUACUCCACGCUGUGUACAUGCUCAGCAUUUUUGACAUUUACUUCAAGACCCCCAUCGUCCAUGGCAUGGACCCUGUUCCUCCUCGCUUCUCUGCCCCCCCAGCCAAACGCCUUUUUCUUUUCGUUGCUGAUGGUUUAAGGGCGGACAAAUUUUUUGAACCCGAUUCUGAAGGAAAUUACAGAGCACCAUUUUUGAGAAGUGUAAUCAAAGGACAAGGCCGGUGGGGAGUAUCUCAUGCUCGUCCGCCAACGGAGUCAAGGCCUGGACAUGUUUCUAUAAUUGCUGGUUUCUAUGAGGAUCCUAGUGCUGUUACAAAAGGAUGGAAGGCAAAUCCGGUGGAGUUUGAUUCUGUCUUUAACCGAAGCCGGCACACUUUUGCUUUUGGUAGCCCAGAUAUAGUUCCAAUAUUCUGCAGUGCCUUGCCACAUAGCACCUGGAAUUCAUAUCCUCAUGAGUUCGAAGAUUUUGCGACUGAUGCUUCUUUUUUGGAUGAGUGGUCAUUUGAUCAAUUCCAGAGCCUCUUGAAUAAGUCCAAUGAAGACCCAAAAUUGAAACAACUACUUCUACAAGAUAAUCUUGUUGUAUUUCUACACCUACUUGGUUGUGAUUCAAAUGGUCAUGCACAUCGGCCCUAUUCAUCCAUCUAUCUUAAUAAUGUUAAGGUUGUUGAUCAUAUUGCUGAACGUGUUUACAAUCUUGUUGAAAAUUAUUUCAAGGACAACAGGACAUCAUAUAUUUUUACAGCUGAUCAUGGAAUGAGCGAUAAAGGAAGUCAUGGAGAUGGGCAUAAUUCAAACACUGAUACUCCCCUUGUUGCUUGGGGAGCAGGUGUUAAACAUCCCAUGCCAAUGUCCAGCAAUAACCAUUCUGAUUGUGGUGUUCGCUUUAUUGAUGAACAUAUGCAUGACAUGCCAACACCUGCAGAAUGGGGCCUUGAUGGCGUAGAAAGAGUGGAUGUUAACCAAGCUGAUAUUGCACCACUAAUGUCAACUCUUCUUGGUCUGCCAUGUCCUGUUAACUCUGUUGGAAAUUUGCCCCUUGAUUAUAUUAAUUUAAAUGAGGCAGAAGAAGUUGAAGCUGUGUUAGCUAAUACAAAGCAGAUCUUCAACCAGUUCCUUCGGAAGUCGUUAUUAAAGCAGUCAAAUUCAUUAAAUUUCAAGCCGUUCAAACCACUUGUUCAUUAUUCUUCAAUUUUGGAUCAAAUCGAACAUUUGAUAUCUUUUAGAGACUAUGAAGCUGCAAUGAAGCUGUCGCAAAACCUCAGGAGCCUGGCACUGAAAGGACUAAACUAUUUUCAGACUUAUGAUUGGUUUAUGCUGAUGACUGUAGUUACUCUUGGAUACAUUGGUUGGAUGAUCUAUCUUAUUCUUCAUGUGCUGCAAUCCUAUACUUCUUUGCCGGGAAAAUUUUCUAGAAAGGAGCAAGCGCUUUAUCUGAGAAACAAUAGUGGAACGGUGUAUCUGUGUGGAUGUCUAUUCAUGGGAUCCAUUUGUAUCCUACUGCUUUUGGAGCACUCUCCUCCUCUGUAUCAUGUAUACGCUACGAUGACAGUAUUCCUCUGGACUAAAAUAUUUAGUGAAUAUCAGUUUCUAAAAGCGAUAUGGAGAGAUUUACGCAGAAGACAAUAUAGUUACAUCAUUGCACUUGUAGUCACCUGUGCCGUGUCAGUAGUUAUUCUUGAAUUCCUGGUGCAUAGCUUCACUGAGAGGAAGCUCUAUACUUGGUGUUUCUUGAUUGUUGGGAUCACUGCUUCAAUUCAUCUUUAUUACUUAAUUCCAUGGAAAUCUGGGAUACCAAUAUUUGUAUGGUCUUCAUGCUGGUUCUUGUCUAUUUUUACUUUGAUGCCUGCAGAAAUUCCUGAUAAUACUCUGCUAGUAGUUGCAAGUGGAGCUAUGAUUAUUGCUAUUGGAGGAGUUGCAACCUAUCUGGAUCUGCAUGCUGAAGCAAACAAGUAUUGGCAUGGUCUCCUUAAUCAUGAUUUGAAGAAACCCAAGUUCCCCAUGCUCUUCUCCUUGCAGGCUCUCUUGGUUGGGUUAUCAUCCGUAAUGGUGCCACUAUCAACAUCUCACAGAACACAAAAGCAAGAGCUUCUUGUGUUACACCAAUUGAUAAACUGGUCCACUGCUGGUUUCUCGAUUGUUCUCCCACUGUUUUCGGCAACUAGCCUCUUGUCCCGACUGACUUCAAUAUUUCUUGGUUUUGCACCCACGUUCUUACUUCUAUCAAUUGGAUAUGAAGCUGUUUUCUAUGCUGCACUUGGUCUUGCACUCAUGGCAUGGAUAUUGUAUGAAAACACACUUCUCUAUAGAAGCAAGAUGAAAACAUCUUCAACUUCAAUUAAAUCUGUGGAGGAUAGCAUCAUUCUUGAAAAUGAUGUUAGAGGCUUGCAAUUGUCCGACAUGAGGAUUCCGUUAACCUUUAUGGUCUUAUUUAAUGUUGCAUUUUUUGGAACGGGUAACUUCGCGAGUAUUGCAAGCUUUGAGAUUUCAUCUGUAUAUCGGUUCAUAACCAUCUUUAGUCCAUUUCUGAUGGCAGCCCUACUUAUAUUCAAAUUAUUUAUACCAUUCAUGCUUGUCAUAUGUACGUUUAGUGCUCUGACAAAGUUAAUUCGAGUUUCACGGUUGGGAUGCUAUUUUCUCGUUAUAUUAUGUUCAGACGUAAUGACGAUCCACUUCUUCUUCCUGGUUAGAACUAUUGGAAGCUGGAUGGAAAUCGGUAACAGCAUCAGCCAUUUUGGAAUCGUGAGUGCCCAAGUAGUGUUCGUCCUAUUGCUUUUUGCCCUGACAAAUAUAUACACGAAAGAUAUCCAAACUACAUCAGCUCAACAAUUUUCUCGGAAAGCCAUGUAACUCAAUAAUAUUGAUUUGAAAUAUGAUAUUUUGGAUUCUUCCAAAGGUGAGUUUUUUUACUGUCAUGGCGGCUUCUUGGGUAUUAGAUCAACUUCUUGGUUUCACUUUUGUUGUUUGUGUGCCUUGCAAUUCUUCAAAUUGCUGUGUAUAAGGACUUUAUUUUAGGGAUGGGAUAUUUCAGGUAUUCCCCAAUCACAUCAUUUUAGUGUGGUUGCCUAGCCACACUCGUCAUGAAUCAGGAUAUCAUUCUUCAUUAGGAUUUCAGUUUUUCUUUGGAAAAUUGAGUUAUAAACUGUGAAUGUUGUGAAUAGAAAUGGUCUUAAUUUAUAUAUAUAUAUAUAUAUA